GAUACAUAUCAUAUCUAGCUUGUAACAAAAAAAAAAAAUUAUUUGAAAAUGACACAUAAAAUAGUGUCUUAGCUUUGUCUUACAAAUAUAAAUACCCAACUAACACUUGUAGAUUAUGUCACAGAAUAUUUUUAGCACAAAGCAACAUAUAGCUUAAUACCUAAAAAAUAUAUAUCACUUCCCCUUUUACACCAUAAAAAAAAAAAAAUUAAAGUCUUUUAUUAUAUACUAUGGUUUGUGAAAUAUUUAGUGAACAAAUGGGGAGUAACUGGGGUUUUAUUGAAGAAGUUGGAUGGAGAAAAGGGCCUUGGACUUCUGAUGAAGACAGAUUACUAAUUGAAUAUGUCAAGUUGCAUGGUGAAGGCAGGUGGAAUUCUGUUGCUAGACUUACAGGGUUGAGGAGAAAUGGAAAAAGUUGUAGGUUGAGAUGGGUGAAUUAUUUGAGGCCAGAUUUGAAGAGGGGGCAAAUAACCCCACAUGAAGAGAGGAUCAUUCUUGAGCUUCAUUCUAGAUGGGGCAAUAGAUGGUCAACUAUUGCUCGUAGCUUGCCUGGGAGGACUGAUAAUGAGAUUAAGAACUACUGGAGGACGCAUUUCAAGAAGAAGACCAAGAACUCGUCUGAUAACUCUGAGAAAUCACGAGCACGUCUUUGGAAAAAACAACAGUUCCAGCAGCAACAACAACAACAACAACAAAUCAACAAUCAAAUCGACAUUAAAAAUGUGAUGUCAUUACCAACUAUGCCUCAAGGAAAGCAAGAAAUGACCAUUUUGUACCCGAACAACAUGAUUGAUCAACAAGAUCAAGCUGACUUCUUCUACUCAUCACUCAAUAACUCGACUUCUAUAUCACAGUCCGAACCCUCUUCAUCGAAUGAAGAUAUUAUGUGGGAUGACCUAUGGAACUUGGAUGAUUUUUAUGGCCAUUUUAUGAUCAACACUACAACUUAUAAUAACAAAACCAACACUAUUCCUUGCCUACAACAAAUGGCUACUACUCCAACUUUCUAUUAAAACCCUCAAGCAAAUCACUACAAAUAAUUUCCCUCUUUCAAUCCUAAUUUUGUCAGUAUCUGUGUGAUCUAUAAGUUACAUGUUCGAUUCACGGAAUCAGCUAGGGUGGACGAUCUACAUUACACCUCCUAUGGGGUGCAAUUCACUCUUCCUGGACCUAGCAUUCAAUGCAGGAUACUUCGUGCAUCGAACUGUACUUUUUGUUUACUACUUUUUGCUAGUUGGGGAAUUAACCAAAGAAGGUUCAUUAUCCAACCAAGAGAGAAAUUACAAUUUGUUCUGGAUUACUUAUGAAGGUUCAAUAAUUUGUAAGUCUCUUAUAAUAAUAAGGUAUCUUAAUUAGUAGUGUAGUGUAAUUUAUUAGAAUAUUAUGUACUUUAUGCUAUCUGAGCUGCAAAAAUUAGCCCAGUACUGGUGAUUAAUGUUUUGAUAUGAGUAUAUGAAAGCAUUGAUAAACUUUUGCUCAAAAAUAUUA